AUGGAAAAUAUUAAAACAGGCAAUGUAUUAAAAGAAGAAUUUGCGACUACAAAUUCAAGAUUUAAAGACAACCUUUUGACGAAAGAAGAUCUUCAAGCUUUUAUUAAUCAAAUAAAAGAUCUAAGUGAGGAUGAAAAAAAUAAAUUGAACGAAGACAUUGGACAGCGUAAAAUGAAUGCUGAUUACAUUAAAGAAAGAUCAAUGAAUGAACAUUCAAUUUCCACAAUUGAUGUGAAUUCUUCAGUUUUUGUUUCUAUUGUAAUGAUCUCGAUAGUUAUCACUAUAUUCGGUAAACUUUUGUAG